AUGAAAUAAGAUGAAAUAAAAAAAUGCUUUACUUCUGAAAAUCAUUAUAAAUAGACAAAACAAAUCAAAGAUUAUAUUGUAGAGAACAAUAUGUAUAAUGAUUUAUAUUAUGAAAGUGAAAUAACUUAAGGAGCAAUAUAAGCAGUAGCUAAUAUUUUGGAAGAUGCUAAAUCAUAACCAAUUGAGAAAGUGUUAUCUACAAGAGUAAGAUAUUAUCAAGUAUUCAGUUAGUGAAGGAAAUAAUGGAUUGUCAUAUUGCUUUGGUUAUAGAAAUAGUAUAAAUAAAAAUCAUGCCAAUUUAUGAACAAAUUCUAAUUUAACAUUGUGAGAAAGGAUAAAAAGCAAAGUAAUACUACUCCAAUUAACCUGGUAGAUGUUAUUUAUAUAUAUUCAAGAUGAACAACUAAUGGUUCUUGGUAACACUUUUAUACGUCUGAUCAGUGAAUGUGUAUUUGUUUGGAAUAUCUGGCAUCCAAAUAUAGAUGGAUAAUAAUCAGUAUAUUAGAGAGUGUAAUAUAAAGAAGUUAUUUAUUUUAGAUAUAAUAAUUUAGUAUCAAAAGGAAUGCAAUUUCCUAAACUAUUUUAUUUCAAUUCUUAAAAAGUCAAGGAAUUCUACAUACAAUCUAAAGAAUAAAUGAAUACUUCUCCAUUUGUAUAUUCAAAUAACAUUCAACCUGAUUUCUUUUACAUUAAAAAAAGAUUAGAUGGAAACUAAUUCUAAAAAAGUGAUCUCAUUAUGAUAAGAAAUGAAUUACUCUGUAAACCAUUAAUAAAUAAUGACUUCUAGCUCUCAAAAGUAGUGAACUUAAUUCUAGUUAAAUAAAAUUUAUCAAAAAUUUUGAAUUAGCUUUUAAAGAUUUUGAAAAGACUUAAAGGUUUGAUGAAUUAUAAAUUAUAAUCUAAUCUAUGUAAUAUUUUCAAAAUUAUUUUUAAGUUGUUUAGAAUUUGAUGAUGAAGUAUUUGAUAAAUAAGCAGCCAUGGAUGCAUUUCAAAAGAGAUAUCAAUCAAAUUAAAGUAAUUUCACUCCUUCCAAAUUACAAGGAGGAGGAGGUGGAUAUUCUACUGAUAAGAUUAGUCAAUUUCUAUCUAAUGGAAGUAUGA